AUGAAUGGACCACUGAUGCAGUACAAGAAACUGAUUGAGGAGGGGAAACUGCAGCACGAUCCUAACCAGGAAAGGAUUGCGUUGGCAUUAGAAAAUUUGCUUGGGAGACUGGAACAAUAUGAAAAAGAUAUGGAGGGAUAUCAUGUAAACCUAGCCAACUGGGAGAAGAAAAGAGAGAAUGAGAGGCGCAAGAUAUUGAUGGAGGAAGCUGAGCUGAAGCAGCAGGGGGACUUGUGGGGUUCAGUUAACAAGCAUCAGAAUAAAAUUUUGGAAAGAUGGAUGUUUCGGAAAAAACCCAAAAAUGUAGAACCAGGAGUGGGGAAAUGGGUUUCAUACCUUAACCGAGAAAGGAAGUUGGAUUCUCUUGUUGGUCAGCGUCCAACUGCUCCUCCAGCCCCAAAAGGACUCUAUAUAUAUGGCAACGUUGGAAGUGGAAAAACCAUGCUUAUGGACAUGUUUUAUUGUGGCACUGAAGGAAUUGUUAAACUUCGACGAAGGUUUCAUUUUCAUGAGGCUAUGCUAAAAAUUAAUGAACAUAUGCAUAGGUUAUGGAAAAAUCAAGUGGAGGAAAAUUCUUUGCAAUCUAGCAUAUCUAAUUGGAUCACGAGUCUUCCAUUUGAUAUGAAAGUUAAGGAAUGGGUAGCUGCAGAAGAAAGAUAUAAGCAGGAUGUUCAGAUUAAAAACAUUCUUCCUGCUGUAGCGGAUAAGUUUCUUGUGGAGCAGCAUGCAGAACAAAGAGGGGCCAGUGUUCUUUGCUUUGAUGAGAUACAGACUGUGGAUGUAUUCGCUAUUGUGGCCUUAUCUGGAAUUUUAAGCAGAUUGUUGAGUACUGGAACUGUUCUUGUGGCCACAAGUAAUAGAGAACCACAUGAUUUAAAUCAGGAUGGCAUGCACCGGGAGUUAUUCCAAAAAUUUGUUUCAAAAUUGGAGAAGCAUUGUGAGAUUAUUGCAAUUGGAAGUGAAAUCGAUUACCGUCGCCUUAUAGCACAAAGAUCUAUAGACCAGGUUCACUACUUCUGGCCCUUGGAUGGCAAUGCUCUAAGGGCAUUUGAGACAACGUGGGAACAAGUCACAAUCCAGUUGGGAGGAAAAAUCACAUCCCAUACCAUCCGGGUGAUGUUUGGGAGAACAUUGGAAGUUCCUCAAAGCUGUAAUGGAGUGGCACGGUUAACAUUCGAGUAUCUAUGUGGUCGCCCGGUGGGUGCAGCAGAUUAUAUUGCAGUAGCACAAAACUAUCACACUGUUUUCAUCUCCGACAUUCCAGUAAUGAGUAUGCGAAUUCGUGACAAGGCACGUAGGUUUAUCACCCUAAUUGAUGAGCUAUACAACUAUCAUUGCUGCCUUGUCUGUUCUGCGGCUUCUUCUAUUGAUGAUUUAUUUCAAGGAACUGAAGAGGGUACACUUUUUGAUUUGGAAAGUUUUCAGUUUGAAACAGAGAUAGAGGGAGGGAAACUUCGCCAAAAUGUUUUAGCAGAAGGCUCUGUGAGUUCAGGUGGUGCACCUGCUGGUAUAGUUUCCAUGCUAUCUGGACAAGAAGAGAUGUUUGCCUUCCGCCGAGCAGUCUCUCGCUUGAUUGAAAUGCAGACACCUCUAUACCUGGAAGGAGUUCAUUCUCUUCAUCCAUUUUUCCAAAGCAAAAUCAAGAGUAUGUAAAUAGUCAUGCAAUUGCCUUCACAAUCCCAAUUAUUGAUCAAGAGGAAUAAAUUCAUUGUACUUACAGGGACCCCUUUCAACCCUGGGUACAAAAUAACGAACAAAGCUUACCCUUUCUCAUCUUAUAUUAAUUUUAUUCUGUUAUGAUUUAACCAAUUUUAAUUGGUUAUUAUUGAGGAUGGAUGCUGGAAAUGUCUUGUAAGAUAAGAUUACAUCAAUAAAAAUUGAUGAUAUUCUUUUCGAAGCUACAUCUAUUGUAUCGUUAUUCAUAUAGUAGUAAGUGACAAGUUGAUAUCUGAAAUCAGUACAAGAUUCAU